CAAUUCCGACAGCCGGGCCAGUCUCUACGGCAACAGAAACACGAAUUCGUAAAGAGGAUUCCGUCCCGUUCGCGCGACGCGACCACGUCUUCUCGAGCCCCUCGGCCCCCACCUCCACGCCUGCGCUGCGAUCUCCGCUGGUUGCCGGCCUCUCCCCCGCCGCCGCCGGCGCGUCGCGGCUCUGGGGGCACCGGACCCACCUCCACCCCCUAGAUCGGGCGCCUCCUCCGCCAGCCGCUGGUCUCACACCCCGCCUCUCCCCUCUGGGGCCGGGCGAGCUCGCCGUGGAGAGGAGAGGUUACCGCCGCCCGGCAGGAGGUGCGACGGCAGAGGAGUCCUGCUCUUCCUCCUCGCCGAGCCCCCUUGCGGAUCCAUCCGUGCUGAUUCCUACUGCUGUAUCUUGGUCGAGCAGGUACUAAAUUCACAAUGGGAAACAUCAACAAGUCUGCUGCUACUAAUGCUUGAAAGAUUCCUACUUGCCAGUUGCCAGCGGUGGCUUGGGAAAAUAGUGAAGUUACAAAUGCAAGUGUCUUUGCCUAUUGAUUCCAUUAAGUUGCCGCAUCGCUUGCAUUUCACCUGAAAUUUUCCGAAAAUAGUUAUUCAUUAUGCAGCACGGGUGUUGGUAUUGACAUAAUUUUCAUGGUUGGAUGAUAAAAGGACUGCGUAGUAUUCAUUAUGCAGCACGGGUGUUGGUAUUGACAUAAUUUUCAUGGUUGGAUGAUAAAAGGACUGCGUGGGAUGAGAAGAGUUUGAAAGAGUGUUUCGAUGAACAUCCUACUAGAGCUUAAGCAUCUCAAGCUCUUUAGCUUGCCCGCAAGGCCUGUCAUCUGCAAAGGCCUUCUGAUAGUGAUUGUCCUUAUUGUAUUGAGAGCAAUUUUGUCUCCAUUUCUUGCCAUAAACUCGUCUGAGAAGGAAGAAUUUUUUGAGUCAACAGUCCCUGACUUGUUUCCUGGAAUCAGACGAGACAAGUUUGUUGAGGUCCCACAGAUUAUAUGGGGAUUGAACAAUCAGAAAAUUGCAUUCGCCAGGGCAUGCUUGACUGCAAGAUUCCUGAACAGGUCUCUUCUAAUGCCAAGCCUGAGUGCUUCACUCUUCUACAAAGAGGUUGACUUGCUGCAGCCGAUCGAUUUUGACAAGGUGUUUGACUUUAGCAAGUUCAAUGCGCGUUGUCAUGGCUUUGUAAGGUUAGCUCGGUAUUCAGAAGUUUUGAAUAGAAGCGAGCCUUUGAAACUCCAAAAGGGAAGUGGUAGAAGGUGGACGGUAGAGAGAGACUUGGAUCAACUGCAGCAAUUCAUAGGGGGCAAGGCGGAUGACUCUGAAGUCAUUGAAAUUGUUGGGAAACAUCCGUUUUUGUGGCCUGACCACUGGCCAGUCAAAGACUAUGCCAAAAUCUUUGAUUGCCUUGUCUUAGUUCCUGAGAUAGAAACCGAAGUGGUUAAGGUCAUAUCCAAGAUUAGAGAGGCGGGCCAAAGAGCAAGACAUGAAGCUGGGGUUUCUCAUAGUAAGCAGAGGAGAGACGGUUCCACUAAUCUGCCUAUACCAUACGUUGCUGUUCACAUGAGGAUAGAAAAGGAUUGGAUGAUACAUUGCAAGAAGUGGGAGCAGCGGUCCAAGUCACAUGAAAUCUGCAGCAGUAAAGAAGAGAUCAUUCAUAAGGUCUCACAGAUCACUGAUCUACGCCGACCAGUCGUCGUUUAUCUGGCAGUAGCUGACAGCCUUCUUGAAGAUGAUUCAAUAACCAGCGGGUGGAGAGUGGGUAUGGUUGCUUAUGAGAAGAAGAAACUUGGAGUUACUGACAUCUAUGAUAGGCAACCAUACCUUAUAAAGUCUGCCAUCGACUUUGAGGUGUGCUCGAGAGCAGAUGUGUUUGUUGGCAAUAGCUUCUCGACGUUCUCCAUCCUUGUAGUGCUGUCCAGAACAGAAAGGUUAUAUAACCUAGGAAAGGCUAGCUCAUGUGGCGAGAACAUCGGUCUUUCAUCAUAUGCAUACAAUGUCAUGGGCGAUGAUGGUGGACCACAGAGAUGGAUGACGGAUAUGUCCGAUACAAACCUUCAGAGGCUAAGUUAUGGAACGAAUAAUGUCUCAUGCCACUGACUUUUGACACAUAACACUUGACUCAACAUGGUUGUAUUCAGGAGGAUGAUCCUUGUUUGAAUUUGAUUUUAUCUUCAAACAGGACAAGUAUGUGCAGCCAGUUUGUGGUGCUUCUAAUUUUGAAACUGGAACCGACAUGUCGCACUUGUGAAAGACUAUGGCAAAGAGUUGUCUGUAUACUUCUGUGUUUAUAGAUGUGCUGAAAAGCAUUUUUUUGAGGGCGAUGUGCUGAAAAGCAUUGACAUGUAUUGGGCAGUCUUUAGUUAGUAAAGCUGAAUGUUGUGUGAUGGUUUGUAUCUGUGACGUUCAUUUUUUUAUGAUUUCAGAAGCAGAUCUACACAUUUGUUUGUCUGCAGUCAGUGUUUCUGCUGUAAGAUGGUUUGCUGUGUUUUGAACUAUUAGUCUGCACUCUGCAGCAUUAUCCAGUGACCUCCUUGCAUAA